ACGAUACGAUGAUGAACGAAGCGAUACACAGACGAAGCAUUAUGCUUGCCUGGACGCUUGAUCCAGCAGCCCAGACGGCACUGGAGUAUUAUAUAACAACAUUGGCAAUGCCACACGAUUUAGUACAUAUCGUAAAUGUGGACACAAAAGGUACUGGAAACCUUGAACUCGAAUUAAAAGAGAGAAUAAAUCAGCUAGAAACACAAGUAGCAGAAGGUAUACAAGUUAUAAGUCACACUUUAUCUGGUGAGACAUCGUCCGCGUUGGUUGAAUUUGCAGAUAAGUAUUCACCAGAUAUGGUGGUUCUCGGAAGGAGAAAUUUAGGACAUUGGAAACGUAUUGCAUCAGAUGAAGGCUUCUCACUUAGCUCACACCUUGCCACUCAUAUAGAAUCCCCGGUUGUCAUUGUUAAGUUCUACAAGGAUUAGGUUUUUGGUGGGAGUCAUCAUUUACAUUUAUAAAUGGGGUAUCUGAGUAAACACUCAUUGUAUGUUGUCAUCAUGUUAUUUUCU